CAUUUAAAAAAAAAAACUUGGACUAUGUGAGGUCAAUCCUGUAGUCCAAACUAAAAACACAGUCAACAAAUAUGAUGGUCAUAUUUCUUUAAAUGGUUCCGAUUAUGACCAUCAUAUUUAUUUUAGUAAAUUUUUUACCAUAAAAUAAACCUUAAAAUCAAUGACUCAUUAGUUCUCACUGAUUUAUUUUCCUACUAUGAAAGAUACAUAAUUGGCAGUAGAUGACUAUUGGUUCUUUAGAUUUGUCCGAAUCUUACAACCACGAUAGAUAGAGAAAGCUUGGCCCCUAACAUCGAUCUCUCUCCAACUUACAAAAGCCCUAUAAAUAGAUGUCUUGGUUGCCUUUGGUAUCCAACACCACUACAAAUAUCUCUCUUUCCCUAAGCUCACUUUAAAACCCACAGGUGUUUAGAAAGAGAAAGAAACCUUUACAAAAUAAAAAUGGAGAAUAUGGGAACUAGAGUGAUAGAGCCAUUAAUAGUGGGAAGAGUGGUCGGAGAUGUUCUUGAUAAUUUCACUCCAACAAUUAAAAUGAACGUGAGUUACAACAAGAAGCAAGUCUCCAAUGGCCAUGAGCUUUUCCCUUUAGCUGUCUCCUCCAAGCCUAGGGUUGAGAUCCAUGAUGGUGAUCUCAGAUCUUUCUUCACCCUGGUGAUGACAGACCCUGAUGUUCCAAAUCCUAGUGACCCCUUUCUAAAAGAACGCCUGCAUUGGCUCGUCAUGAACAUCCCCGGCACAACAGAUGCUACAUUUGGAAAAGAGGUGGUGAGCUAUGAGCUGCCAAAGCCAAACAUAGGGAUACACAGGUACGUGUUUGUUCUGUUCAGGCAGAAGCAAAGACGUGUUAAGUUCCCAAGCAAUAUUAUUUCGAGGGAUCAGUUCAACACUCGUGAAUUUGCGAUCGAGAAUGAUCUUGGUCUCCCUGUCGCGGCUGUCUUCUUCAACGCUCAGAGAGAAACCGCAUCUCGCAGACGUUAGUUACGUCUGUGUCCAUCAAAUGCAUAAAAAUGAUAACAUGUUUAUCUCUGUUCUUAAUUAUCCAUGUUUAUUUCUGUUCUAAAUUCCCGUAUUUUUAAUAAAAUAUUGUUCUCGUAUA